AUGGCCGCCUUCUCCCUGUGGCAUCUGUUUGCCGUAUUCUCGCUUGUUACGGCCAUACUCGCGCUCGAAGUCACACCCGGCUCGGAUUGUGCGGCAUUGUGCAUGGGUGGGCAGAACGGAACGACAAUCGAGGCCACGACACCAGGCACAAACUCGUCCGACAUUGUUUGUGAGAACGAUCAGUACCACACGACCGGCACGGGCAUCAAAUUCAAGAACUGCGUCAGUUGCUUGCAGAAAAGCGAGGCAACCAAGGGGGCUUCGAGUGAUGCGGCUUGGUUCUUGUACAACAUUCGAUAUGCGGUAGACGUUUGCCUCUUCGACUUCCCCGACGCCAUCAGCCACAUCAACUCUCCAUGCAUCAUCAACAGUGCUUGUAGGCCUCUCAAGAGCGCCCUCACAUCGGGUCUCACAACUCCAGACGCCGCCACCUCAUACGACUACUGCACAGCCGACGGCGACAAAUUCUCGAACAGCUGGUGGCCCUGUGCCAAGUGUUUGCAGUCCAGCGAUAGCCAGAGCUAUCUUUCCAACUUCUUGAUUGCGCUCAAAGCUGGUUGCCAACAGAAGCCAGCCGACGGUAACAUCAUCGGCCUGACUGGCCAGCUGUUCUCGGACAGUGCGGUGAACAUCACCGAACCGGCAACAAACACAACCCUCCCAGGCGAUGGCGGCGCCUCUUCAACGACAAUGACCACCGGCACCAUCGUAGGCAUCGCCGUAGGCGGCGGCCUGGUCUUCGUCGGCGCAAUCUGCCUCUUCAUCAUCCACUGCCGCAAGCAACGAAAAGCAAGAGCGCAGACUGCGGAGCCCGACUUCCCGCCCCAGCCGCCCAGGUGCCACGCGAGCUCCUUCACCGCGAUCAACAGAAGCCCCUACAUGCCAAUCGCGGACCACAAGAAGUCCUCCUCCAUCAACUCGUACAACUACGAGCUGCAGGAGAAGCAACAAUUCAACAACGCCGACUACUACGACCAGAUGGAGCAAGAAGCCCAGCUCGGACGCGAGAUGGCCCACUACAACUUCGAUCCUCGCUCCAGCCACCACGGCCUCGGCAGCGCCCUUCCCACUCACCCGGCCUACAUCCCCCGAGCCAUGAGCAGGCAGUCGACUCGCGGCGGCGCCAUAACACCCACACCGCCCAAUGCCCGGAGAACAAAUACACCAGACUCGUACGCCCUGCAGACAUACCUCAACGCCGUCAGCGAAGAAGGCACAAUACCAAUCAGACCCCCACCGACCGCCGCCAUGUCGCGGACGCCCUCACCGAGGAGGUCGAACGAAUCACACCACGAGAACCUGAGCUCCGCGGCACCCAUCAUGGGCAACCUCCCGCCACCGCCCCCAGGGCCUCCGCCGGCCCGGAAGACAUCCAUCAAGAUACCGUCAAUAUCCAUCCCCUCGGUGCGACGCAUGCGGGUGCCGAAGAAGUACUCCCCGCCUCAGAUCAAAGUCCAAGACGCGACGCCGAUAGCAGACAAGGGCGAGACCGGGAACAUGCAAAUAUCGCAGCCGAUUGCGGUCCACGAGGAUAGAUUUCAGGAUAAGCCGUUGGCCGGACAUAGCGUCAUUUCGAACGUCGCGCCGGCCAGGGAGGAUCCCGAAACUUAUGAGGGCGACAUGCCCAUCCGCAGUGGCAAGAGCACGCUGUACGGAUGA